CCUUACCAUGGGAGGGAUGAAAUUUAAUGGAAAGGCUUUUAAGUGGUAGAACCUGCCAGGUUUGAUUCACACAGCAUUUUAUUACAAGAAGAACAGAGUGUCCUUACUGCUGUUCUCCAGAAUGAAGGCCUUCCUAGUAGUCUGUUUGGUGUGUAUGAUACUCCUUGAGAUCUAUGCAAGCACUUUGGUUGAAUUCACACCAACUCCUUCGUUAGAUGUGGCCGUACCAGUCACUACUAAAACUGUGUACCUUCAGAAGCCAUUUUGUUUCUUUGACAGUGUCACUGACCCAACCUGUACUGCGGCAAACCCAUGUAACGUGUGGCUGGUGGCUGCACUGAGCUCGGCAACAAACAUAUUUGACAGCAACAAAAGCUCUUCAAGUUUCGUCACCUCCUCUCCGUACCCAACUGCUUUCAAACCUGGCAUGAUGAAUUACUUUGUGACCCAAACUGGUUCUCAGGACAGUUUUCGCUGCCCAGUCUCUGGUACUACUACUUCCUAUUUCCUAGUUGGAGCAGAAGGUGCUUGCAGUACUACUAACUGCAAUGGUGUGUUGCCUGAAGGCUCUACUAUGAGCUUUAAGUAUCUUCUUAUCAAUUCAGGCAACGGACUUGUUGCAGAGACAAAGUGGUCUGAAAACAUAACUCUCCAAACCAUAAAAAAUCCAGACAGUCUUGGUAGUGGUUAUGCUGGAAGGUCUGCCGCAAUGGUGGUGAUCACAGCAAUUCUUUGUGUUGCUGCGGCUCUGCUUUUGCUAUUGCUGCUCAUUGCCUUGAUACUGGCCUGCUGCUGCCGCCAAGUGAAAACACAGUCAUAUGAGGCGAGGCGUCAACCUUCGGUGAUAGGAUCCCUCCGUAUCCCCAGCUACGAUGUGCACCACCUGAAGAACCCAUCCCCCUACGACAACCCUGCAUACGAGCAAGACCUGAAGAAGAGGUACACCAAGACUUCCACCCUACCCCAGAAAACCACCACAGUCAUCACCACGGUGCAAACCAACCCUCCGGACACCAUCACUCUGCAGAAAAUGUGAAAAAAUGUGGAGAAACAGUAUGAAUUUCAUGGCAUGCAGAAUAUCUGAUGCUUUAGGGAAAUGCCAAAUGCCAAUGUGGCUAAAAAUAUGGGAGCUAAAGCACAGCAUAAAAGAUUACUAACUAGUUUGAUGUCUUUAAUUCUCUCUGAGAUUUAAUUUUAAAAAAUUAAUGUUUUACUAAAAUUUUUCACAUUUGAUCACCUUUUUCUGAUAACGGUCUGAUUUGAAGAUUUAACUGUUAAAAUUUUCUUUAAUAGUACUAUUACUACUACUGCAAAUUUUAAUAAUAAUAAUAAUAAUAAAAUUAUAAUAGUAGUAAUAAUCUUUAUUUAAAUAGAACAGUAUUUGUAUUUGUAAUAAAGCUCAAUACAUCAAUUACGAACUUACAGUAAAUUUGUAAGUAUAAAUAUACUACAUGAAAAAAGGUUGAAAAAAAUGGCUAAAUAGUAAAAUAUGAUAAAUAACUCAAAUUAGGUCAGGUUAAACAAGUACAUUUUGGUCUGGGUUUACAAAUUAUAACUUCUUUGAGAAAUUGUACAGAACCACUUUGAUCAAAAAUGCUAAAAUGGGCAAACAAUGCAUUCAAGCUAGCAGUAUGACUUGUUUUAUAGUUAAUCUCCUCCUUUUUCCCUGGACUGUAAUCAAAGAAUUUCUACACUAUUACCAAAGAGUAUAUUAUAGAAGCGGUAUUGGGGCUUAAUAGGCAAACAUUGGCCGAAACAGUGUACAUAGCAGUAAAUAAAGUAAAGGUUUAUACAGGGGUGGAUGAAGUACUGAGAAAUUAUACUUAAAUCAAAGUAUAGAUAAUGUGUCAAAGUCUUACUCAAUUAAAAGUGUAUCCAGCCAAAAAUGUGCUCAAAUGAAAGUAAAAAAGUUGCUCAUUUUAAAUGCAUUAAAAAGUGAAAGGUAAAUUUUCUAAACUGA